AAAUACGCAAAUUGUACCAAUAAUUUCAUACGAUAUGACCGUUGGUUAAUUAUCGCAGAAGCGGCGAGACGAAAAUAAAUUUGUUAACUUUGACCAGCAGCAAUUAAGUAAAAUAUUAUGUGUAGCGCGAACGCGAACGCGAACGUUCAUUAUAUUCCCAUUAAAUGAACCGUCUUAUUGUUGUUGUACCUUUGCAGUGUGAUACUUGGUGUUCGCUAUGUUCGCGGAAAUACUUUUGAUAUCGCUAGUGUGUAAUUUUAAUAACCAAAUUUUCGCCUAUAAUCCUAAUUUAUUACAAGAUGUAAAAGACUGCGUUCCGGAUUGUGACAGCAAAAUAUUCUGCCAAGGAGAUCUCUUGCACGAUGUGCAAACAUCGAGAAUAUUUUCCGACGGCACCGUAUUCGUGGAGAAACAGCUGCGGUAUCCGGAAAAAGACGUAAUUGAUAAGUACACGAAAUUGAAAAAGAAACACGGCGGACGUACUCCGGAUGCGGAUACGUUGAUGAAAUUUGUAGACGAGAAUUUCGCCAACGACUCGCUGGAUACUUGCGAGCUACCGGACCACAAAGUCGAGCCUUCGAUCAUCGACAAGGUCGAUCCCAAGUAUCGCGAUUGGCUUUUACGACUGAAUGAAAUUUGGUUAGAAUUGGCCGGACGCAUAAACAAGGACUGUAAAGAUAGACCGGAGCUGCAUUCUUACAUGUACGUGCCCAACAGAUUCAUAAAAGCUGGCGGUCGAUUCACAGGUACUUAUUAUUGGGAUUCGUACUGGAUCAUUAAAGGAUUACUGGUUUGCGACAUGCACGAAUCUGCCAGAGGUAUAGUAGAAAACAUCGUCUAUCUGAUAAAUAAACACGGCCAUAUGCCAAACGGCAACAGAAUUUACUACCUGCAAAGGUCUCAACCGCCCAUGCUCAUACAAAUGGCAGCUUCCUAUUACGAGGCUACUAAAAAUGCGACUUUUAUCAGAAACAACUUGGCUGCCUUUGAAAAAGAAUUCGAAUGGUGGCACAAAAAUCGCGCCAUAGACGUGGAAAAGGAUGGCAAAAAAUACAAGAUGCUUCGAUACAAAUCAAUUAGCUGCAGUCCUCGUCCCGAAUCUUAUUACGAAGAUUACGAACUCGUUAAAAAUAUCACCGACGAAAAAGAACGGGCGAGAAUUUUCACCGGAAUCAGAUCGGCUACCGAAUCAGGUUGGGAUUUUUCCAGCAGACAUAUGCGAGGUCCAAAUAAUUCUAAACGAGGCACUCUACGAGAUAUGGACUCGCAGAAUAUGAUUUACGUCGAUUUGAACAGCAUCAUGCAUUCCAACAUUGCGUAUUUGAGUAAAUGGCACGAAGAAUUCGGCAACAAAUCCAAAGCGCAACGUUACGAAAAAAUAGCAAAUUACAUGAAGGAUUCUAUAGAGCAUAUAUUAUGGAACGAAGAAGCUGGAAUAUGGCAAGAUUUCGAUCUGAUUACGAAUAAACACAGAAACUUUUUCUUCGCCAGUAAUUUAACCCCAUUAUGGAGCAAAUCUUAUAAAAAUGAGACAAAAAUCGAUCGAGCGAUAGACUAUUUGAAAAAACACAAUAUCAUAACCGAAGAUUUGCAACCAAAGUACUAUGGUGUACCGACAACCACUGAUAACACAACGCAACAAUGGGACUUCCCUAAUUGCUGGGCUCCGUUACAAUCAUUCAUUAUUCAAGGAUUGGAAAAAAGUAAUAAUCCAACCGCCGAAAGAAUAGCGUACAAUUUAGCUCGAGCUUGGAUAAAAACAGCAUUCGAAGGUUUUCAGAAAGGAAAUCAAAUGUACGAGAAAUAUAGCGCGAUAGAGCUCGGAAGUAGCGGCGGUGGUGGAGAAUAUGAACCUCAAACUGGCUUCGGAUGGACUAAUGGGUUCAUAUUUGAUUUAUUCAACACAUGGAGAACGUUUUAAACUUCAAGCCGAGAACGCAAUAUUUACUGCAAUAUUAAUAUUAAUAUUAAAUCUGAAAAAGUAAAUUACCGAGCAGUUUAUUCCGAAAGUAAUCACUAUAUUAAAUUAAGGCUGUAAGUCUUGCGUGUGUAUAACUGCAUUAUACACUUCUCCUAUUUUAUUAGUGAAAACCUUCCAAGAUGAAAAUGAAUACCUUCUAUCUAACCUUUACACUAAAUACAUCUUCUAUCUCGUA